CCAGUAUCUUUGACGUAUGGAGAAUGUUUAUUGCUUCCGGAACGCGGGGAUAUCCACAGGUUCUAAGCUUGUUGCGAAGGAACUUUAAGUCAAUGAUUAUGUGCAGGAAGAUAUUGGAAGCAGGACAAUUAAAUUAAAGUUGUGAAUUAUUUGUUUCAGAAAAAACGCUUCCAGACAUGAAGACUCGUUUGUUAGGAAGGCAUCGGAGUUACCGUUAUGCAUUUGAUAUCAAUGAGUAACGUUAACUAGACCAGGAGGAUAGCUAACGUAGCUAGCGAUAACGUUACAUGUCUCGCAAGGUAACCGCUGUGUCAGAGAAACAGACACAUAAUUGGAUUUACUUUUGAAUUUGGCUUGCCCCAAUAGUGAAUGGAAUUACAAGUUGUUUUAUGGAUGGUAACGCCGUCUUUCUUAAAGUUGAGGUUAGCUGAAGAAGUCCCCAGCUAGCCAUACUUCCCAGCUUAAAUUCGUACUGCGUGGCAGUGGGAGACGCUAACGUGGCUAAUAUCACAGCUGUUAAUGAAGAUUGGCAUGGUGUAGUAGUUCUGCCCUACGGUUCCAGUGACAUGUCUUCACCGUCACCGGUACAAAUCAGGGAAGCAAAUGCACAUUUAGCUGCAUUACAUCGGCGUGUUGCUGAGCUGGAGCAGAGGCUCGAAGCAGCUGAGAAAACCGUGCGUGAGCAAGCUGAAAGCCUCAUCCGGAAAGAUGAACAGCUGAGAGCUGCUACUCAAGAGAUAACUGAGGCCAAAGAUAGAGAGAUAUCCUACCUCCAUGAAAAACUCUACCAGUCUGAGGAAACCAUCCAGAAAUUUCAACAUACAGUAAAGGAAAAGGAUGCUCUCAUUGGGCAGCUACAGCAUCGGUGCCAGCUCUUGGAUAAUAUCUGCAAAAGUCGCCCAUUGCUGGACAAGAUGCUGUCACACAUGGCAGAAGCUGAGAGAAUGGGACCUGUUGUUGACUUGGGUGAGACUGCCAUCAACUCCUCUCUCACAGAUGGUGAGUCCAGCUGCAGUCCCAACCGUGUAUCCAAUCACAAGGACUUCUCUCUCAGCGAGGAUGACAUGGAUGACCAAGAGCUAGAUGGAGUGGUGUUCGGAACCACUGUUUGAGAAAAAUCCAUUACUUGAUUUCAACAUUUUUCAUGGCAUGCUGAACCUGAAGAUCUUUCCAUGAUGUGUUCUAUGGGUAGGCUAAUGUGUCAGAUGGCAUGGCAUGUUCAGGGUCGUUGUUACAGUCUUGGCUGAGGUUUUGGAUUAGUUACCAUAGAAGGGUAUUUUGAGAACUAGCUUUGGUUCUUCCUUUGAAACAAAGAUAAGAAUGUAGAUAGACUAAUGGACAUUUAGUGAAAGGAUGGAGGAACAGACAGGAAUGAAUCAUACAGAUUUAAUUCAGAUAAUAUAUGUAUGUAAUAUUGUAAUGGUUAAUUGAAUUAUUUGUUUAGUAAAUUGUUUCAAACAGGACACAAUGACAUUAAAGGUACUGCAAGCUGUUGACAUUCCUUGGAAACUUCUGCCUUGUUGACCAUGAUAAGAAACAAGGGCAAGCGCGGCAGUCUGUCUAGAAGUUUUGUAUUUAUUGGUUAGUAAUAAUACAGUUGGACCACGUUGACUUUUGUUGUUGUUGCUAAUUCAAGAGCUUAAUAUCAGAUUUAUUUCUCUCAGACCAUUUUGGUGACUCAUAGUAUUUUUAUUUUCACCAUCAGAAUGCAAAAUAACAAGCAGUGUAUUCCAAAACAGUUCAACUUUAUAACAGCUUUAAAUGGAUGCAUUAUGUUCAAGAGAAGAGUCUUCUCAAAUUGAAAAGAUCAGUGGACUUCGAACUACUGUGCAAAUUAGCAUGUUGGUUUACAACUCUCGUGUCGACAAUAAUCUACAUGGAGAAAUGUAGAUUUUGGUAUGAAAUUGAGAAGUGGGGUAGCCACUUAGGAUAGUCUUUGAAGUUCUAUUGUAUGUUGUAAACUGCUUUGAAAUCUGUCAUCUGCAAAGCAUUGAAACUUAAGAAACACAGUUUCAGAUUGCCUUGAUUGACCCUCUGAUGUCUAAUUCCCUCAUCCAGUCUUUGUUUCCUUGGUGCAAAACCGUCUGCAUAACUUGAAGUUCCUUUUUCCAUUUACAGUUUUCUGCUUUGCCAUUACUUGUAAUCUAUGCCAUUACUUACAGAAAUGGGAUAUAGGUCACAAUUUGAUCUCCUGCAUGUGGUCUUGCCCUUUAUGAAGAAUGCUUCAGUGAAGCAAAUUCUAUGCAAAAUUUAUGUUUGCUUUUUAUCUAUAUAAAUUGCUGCGCAUGAAAAGGGCAGCGUUACUAAAACAGCAGUGGUACCUUAAAAAGCUAUUUUUGCAAUCUAUUAUUUUCUGAAGGCUGUGUGUGGUGUUCUGUUUGCAGAAGUACACAUCGUAAAUCCUCAAAUUGUGGCCGGGGUCUUUUAGUUACUUAGGCUGCAUAAAGCACGGGCCUUGUAUUCGAGGCAGGCCUUUCUUUCUUAUUAGACUUCUGUUUUUUAGUCUUAGAAAAAAAGCAAAAGGUUUUUGAAGUGGGCCAACAUGGUUCAACACGUCCUGUAACCAGCUAUCAAAAGCAGAAGAUUUUCGGUUUGGGAUUUAAUUUACUUUUGGACUGUUUGUUUAUAUUGCUAAAUGUUGGAACUGAUGGGCACUGAAAUCUGGGGGGUAUUUGACUAUUUAGUUGAAAGAGUGUCGGUGAGCUGUGUUGUAUGGAAAUGCCUAGCCAACUAGCCUAAAUUGAUUGUUCAUGAUAUACUUUUUUUUUUUUUACCCAUGGUGUAGGACAACAACUCUUCAUUGGCAACAGACAGUAUUAAACCAAUCAAUAACAUACGAUAUUAUGAUGAGCUCUUUUAAUUCAUCGAGUUAAAUCAAACAAUGCCUUCUAGUGCUCUGUGAUUGACCACGCCCCUGGCUGGCCAUUAUCUGAGGCCUGGCUUUAGAGAAAAUCCCGGUCAUAAUUUGAUGAUUUACGGUAUUCAUGUAAUUUCAAAUGUAAUGUCUGGUAUUCUCAUGGUAAAGACUUUAUAGUAGCAAAGUCUGUUCUGUAAAGAGACCUAUGAGCAGUUUAUGGAGAUGUCAAAUGCCUUGAGCCGUUCAGGUGUAGAAUAAAAUCCUUUUCUGGA